GCCGUUGCCACGGCAACUGGCGGGUAGAGCAGGCCCGAGCCGCGCCGAUGCCGAAGCUGCCGCUGUCGCCGGUGCCCGAGCAGGAGACCGACGUCGGGGGUCGUCUUCCCAGUCGCGGUACUCCUGCCCCUACUCGUCUGGGCAGCGCCGGCUCCGGCGGCUCAGCGACUUUUUCAAGGCCUGGUGAUGAGCCCCAGACUGUACAUGAGGAAAGUGGUCCCUGUUACCCAGAGAAUGCUAGGAACGAUUCUGAAGAGGAGAUGGAGGAGGAGGAGGAGGAGGAGGAGGAAAGGGAUGAAGACUGGGACACAGACCUUGAAAUAGAAGAUUCUAAGACAUCCCAUGAUCCAACAGGAAAAGCCAAAUAUCUCAAAACCUGCCGAAUGCACGGCGUCGUUCCCAUCUCGUAUUUUUUACGCCACAUGAAAGAUUCUGAACUGACCCUGAAGCACUACGGCCUUGGACCCAAGGGAGCCAAAGCUCUAGCUCCUUCCUUGGCAAAUAACACAUCCAUUGUGAAGUUAAACCUGAGUGACAACUGGCUGAACGGAGAUGGAGCAGCAGCGGUGGCAGAGAUGUUGAAAGAAAAUUGUUACAUUUCAGAUGUUGAUUUGUCAGAGAACAGGCUUGGAGUGAAAGGGGCGAAGGCUUUGUCCUCCAUGCUUGGGGAGAAUAGGACACUACUAACCCUGAAGCUCUCUGGAAAUGAAUUAGAUGAGCGUGCGGCCAAAUACCUAGCAGAUGCUUUUGUGAUCAACAACAAAGUGGAGUCACUCGAUCUGAGUCAUAACAUGCUUGAAGAGCUGGCAGGCGGGGUUCUUGGAGCAGCGAUUGCAGAAAACGUUGGCCUGAAGGAGCUUGAUCUCAGCUGGAACCACUUCCGGGGCAAAGGAGCAGUUGCUAUUGCCAAAGGCUUAGGGGCCAACAUCUUCCUUCGUGUGCUGGACCUUUCAUACAACGGCUUUGGCAACGGUGGAGCAGCUGCCCUGGGUGAGGCCCUGAAAGUCAACAAUGUUCUGGAAGAGCUGAACGUUGGGAACAAUCGCAUUUCUCUGGAAGGAGCCCUCUGCCUAGCUUUGGGCCUGAAAGAAAACAAAACCCUGAAGAUCUUCAGUGUGGCCAGGAACCCCAUUCAGAGCGAUGGCUGCAUUGGGAUCCUCAAAGCCCUCCAAGCAAAUCCUGGUGCUGCCUUGGAAGUCCUGGAUUUUUCAGAGAUUGUCGUCAAGCAGGACUUUGCAGAGCUUUGCGAUCGCAUCCAGGUAAUUUUCCCGAGCCUUCAGAUCAAGCACAACUGGAGCAGCCGCUCGUUCAAAACAGACCCAUCAAAGGUUUUCUGAGAAGACACCCCAGCUAUGGACAGCCCUGGGAAAGAUUGCUCAUUUUUCCUUCCUUGGCUACCUGCAAAGUGAGGAAGGAGCCCAUUAGGGGACCCUCUGCUCUUCCAUUUGCUGACAAAUAAUGGGAUGUAUGUGUGUGUGUGUGUGUGAGAGAGAGAGAGAGAGAGAGAGGCUGUGCUGUUUUUGCCCGUCUUUUAGCAUCUGUUAAAAACACUUUUGUUUAGACAGGCCUACCCAGAUGUUUAGAAGGUUGAUGCGAGUUUUAAUCUGCUUUUUGGUCUAUUGCUAUUUUAACUUUUUGAAAGUUGUAAAUCAUUG